AUGACUUCUUCAACCAAGCAGACAAAGCACAAACCAUCUGUCUCUGAAGGGCUCCAAUUAGGACCCACAAAUCAAACAAACCAAAACAAGGCGGAGCGUUAUGAGAAAGGCCCAACCAAGGCACGUGCUAGCAUAACAAAAGUGCGUUCCGACCGGGCACCUAUCGUUCAUCCCGGAACGAACGAAUAG